AUGGACUGGUCUCCUGCCCUGCUCCUCCUGCUCGCUCUGGGACUCUGCUGCCCCGGGAUCCCUGGCCAGAUGUAUGAGAUGAAGAUCAGGUUUCGCAACAGCAUCACCCAGCUCCGGGUGGGACAGCGGCUGGAACUGGAGUGUCAGACUGACAAGAAGGACAGUGGCAUGUUCUGGGUCCGCCAGGACAAGAAUGGGACCCUUCACUUCAUUGUCUUCAUCUCUUCCCUAUCCCGAGCCACCUUCAAGGGGAGUCAGAGAACAUCCACACGCUUCGAGGCCAGCAAAGGCAACACUAUCUAUCGGUUGGUAGUGAAGUCUUUCACACAGGAGGAUGAAGGGAACUAUUUCUGCCUCGCAAACAUCAACCAAAUGCUGUACUUCAGCCCUGGCCUGCCUGCCUUCUUCCCAGUCAUCACCACACCAGGACCCACCACUCAACAUGGCAUCACUGGAAAGGACUCCGACGUCAGGACCCCAGAUCCAGAGUCCAGCACGGAGAAGGACCUGAAUUCCUUCUGUGAUGGUGUCAUCUGGGUUCCCUUGGCAGGUGCCUGCCUCCUGCUCCUCAUCGCCCUGGCCAUCACCAUCCUGCAGUGCCCAAGAACCAGAAGACGAAGGUGCAGGUUCAUCACCACACCAGGACUCAUCACCCAGCACAGCAUCACUGAAAAGGACCCCUGCAUCAAGACUCCAGAUCCAGGCCUCUGCCUCCUGAUCCUCCAGCUCCUGACGAUCACCAUCGUGCUGUGUCAACGUAAGACUCACCAGAACCCCUCUAGAUCCACCUCUGACCUGAAACCACAGCCCUGUCCCUCAGGGCCACGGAUGUUCCAGUGA